CUUCGACACAGCCCCCCAUAAUGCGGUGUGAUAUCAGCAUCGCGAGCCCGGUUAUUCCAACUCUCCCCUUCUUGCUUCUGCGUCAUCUCAUCUUUCACGAUUUGCUGGAGAACUGCGGCUUGUAAUGGAUUCCACAUCCUCGACCUUGGCUGGGGAUGGACAAGAUGAAAGCGAGCUCUGCCCAAGGUGCUUGGAGCUCGAACUGGCGCCCGAAAAAUUCAUCAUCGACAACGCCCCUGGGGCUCCUUCACACCGCGCCUUGACAUACCGCCCCAGAAGCGGUGGGUCGCCUUUUGCAAACUUCAGUUUGAUGCAGCAGCUCAACUCGGGCGCUGGUCCAAGGAGGCUUGGAACCCUCAGCCAACUUCGCGAUAACCGGAACUGCCCUCUAUGCAUUUUGAUCGUCAGUGCCAUCGAGAGAUAUGGAAGCCAACCGAGAGAGAACAGCAAACAGGACUGCAUCUGUUACUGGGAGUGGAGCGUUGAUGGACGACAGACUCGGCCAGGCUUUCAGCAACGCUCGAAUGCUACUCGGCGGCUUCGGAUCUCGUGGUCUUUCUCGCUCCCUACCACCAAUACCGAUGAAAUACCGAGAAGUAGUAGUAGUGGUAGUACUAGUAGCAAACCCGAGCCUCCAACAAGGGAGCAUCCCCAGCACGAGGUCUACCUGCUUUUUGUGCAACCAAAAAACAGUAGGGUCCAGGCCUCCAACGCGCUCGACAUCCUCGAUCCAGGCAAGGAGUUCCAGGGGCGCGAUUUCAGCCACGGCGGCAUCCAAGCCUUGAUAACGAAAUGGAUUGACAUCUGCGAGCAUAAACACGGGGCCACGUGCGGGCCGAUCGAAGGAAUCGUGGCCUUUCAUCAUCUCAUGCAGCAGACCUCGUUUGGCGUCAUCGACGUGGUUAAACUCCAGCUGACCGAACUUCCAUAUGACGGCGACAUCUCGCACCCGCAUCGAUAUGUCGCGCUUAGCUACGUCUGGGGUCCUCGGCGGCCUGGAGACGGAGACCAUCGGACUCUGCGGAACAAUAUAUACGACAGGAUCCGACGCGGCGGCCUCGACGGACAAGUGUUUGACAUGCUGCCGCGGACAAUCCGGGAUGCCAUCCGGCUGGUCCGGGAUCUGGGAGAGCGGUAUCUGUGGAUCGACUCUCUGUGCAUCGUCCAAGAUAGCGACACCUCUUGGCAGCAGAAUGCCAAGAACAUGGACCUCAUCUACGGAAACGCCCACUUUACCAUCUGCGCAGCCGACGGCGGCGACGCCGAUGUCGGACUCGUUGCCGCGGGGUUUGGAGCUGACAAGUCUCCUGAUGCACUGCUCAAGGAGACGAUUCUCCCCGGCUUGGAACUGCUCGUGUCGAGGCCCUUGGAGGAAGUCGUCCACAGCUCGACGUGGAACAGCCGCGCAUGGACUUUCCAGGAACGCAUCCUCUCGCGACGGUGUCUCGUGUUUGUCGAAGGGCGAGUUUACUUCCAGUGCCGCGGAGCCAACAUGUCGCAGGACGUGUACCCGGGGGGCUUGGGCAACGAGGAAGUCUGGUCCCUCGACUGGCGAGACUCCCCCCUGCGGACGCUGCGCGACGCCAAAGAGCGGCCCAUCUGGUUCUACAUGAAGUGUGUCUCGCUGUAUACCGGCCGACGCCUGACGCUCCCCAAGGACAUUAUACCGGCCUUCACCGGCGUGUCUCAGCUCAUGGCGCGGUAUAUGGGCGCCCCGUUUUUCUACUGUCUGCCCGCGUCCCACUUUGACUUUGCUCUACUAUGGCAGCCUAGCAGGGCGCAGAAGCGACGAGCGCGCGAGGCGUGGCCAAAGACCACCAAGGCAGAGGGCACCUUGAGAGAUGACUGGUUCGACCACGAGGAGUUUCCCUCGUGGUCGUGGGCAGGAUGGAUGGACCGUGAGGACCCCCAGAAGGGCGCACACGUCACGUACGACGCCAAAUUUCUCGACGGAUGCCUCAUCAAUAUCCACGACUGGUUGAUAAACAGAACAUGGAUCGACUGGAACAUACGCGACGGCGACGGCAACAUCAAGAAUGUGUGGAACGACUACUCCGAGACCAUCCGGAAUCGCCAGCAGCCACGCCAGCCCGAGACUGAUAGGAUAGGCGGCCGUUGGUCGGGCUAUCAGCCAAUAACGUCUGAGUCUGCGCAGCAAGAGCGUGAGCGCGUUGCUCGCGAACAGGAGAUACGUGUCCGAGCCGAGCAUGAACGAGAGUUUAUUCAGCGGGAAAGACGUGAGCAAGAACUGAGAGUGGUCGGACGGGGAAGGCAUGGACAAGAACGACAACGGCAGCUUGAGCAACCGCCCGAGCCGUCUCCCGGGAGGGAGGUCGUCAUCAACAUAAACAAUGAGUUAUACCAGCCGCCGAGCCCGGAGCGGCCGAGUAGUAGGUAUUCGGAUAGAGAAGGAGGAGGUUUCAGCGACAGCCAAAGCUACAGAAGCAUGAAUUAUGAGCCUCGCGUCCGAAUAACAGAGAGAGUGAUAGCGCCGCCGCCACCACUACCACCACCAGAGGUUCCCUGUCCACCCUUAACGGACCGCUAUGGCCGCCCUAUCCGCUACCCCAACAUGGACCGACGCCUUGCCGCAACCAUCGCUGACAAUCCAUUUGGAAUAAGGCAGAGCCAGCAGCGCGUGGCCGACGCAUCGUUCACUCUCCCAAUCCUCCAGUUCCACACAUGGAGCUCUAAUUUCUACGUCUUGGACUCUGGCUCAGAACAAAACUUCUCCGAGACUCUGGGGGAAGGCCUAGCUCGUUGCCACGUAGCCGACCAGAGCCACGACUGGUGCGGGACGGUGGUCUUGGACAGGGAGUGGACCGCGGCGCACGGCGGCACCCUGUGCCGGUUCAUUGCCCUGUCCGAGGCCAAAUCGUUCACUGCUGACGAGUGUACCCAUUGGGCGCACUACAUCGCCAAGGACAGGGACGAGAUCGAGUGGGAUUUGUUCCACGUGCUGCUAGUGACGUAUAAUAACCGCCGGCUAUUGUGGGAGAGGGUCGGCGUGGGCAAGGUGCUGCAGCAGGCUUUCGAUAUGACCAAGGAGAGUUGGACGGAGAUAUUGCUUGGGUAGUUGGUGACUAGAGAGCAUAUGACGAAAUACUAGCACGCAUAUUUUCCGCUGAGGGGUUCUUAAUCUCAGUCGGAAAUAUAAUUAUUUUCGAAAAGCAGACAGACGGCGAUCUGACAAACAAAGUAACCUCUGAGCUGCCUCCAUCAGGAAGGGCGGCCGCGAGCUUGAUUUCAAGUACUAUUUGUAAUUAGUAAUUAGUAGCAGCUUUGUGUAUCGGGAUUGUGUUGAGC